AUGGUUAAAAGUUUUAUUCCUAUUUUAUUUUUUAUUUUUUCAAUUGUUAUUAUAACAAUUUAUUGUGAAGAAUUUAAUGAUAACAUUGAUAAUGAUGAUCAAAGUAUUUUUAUGAAAAGAUCUUUGGCAAUUGGAAGAAUGGGUUUUAGACCUGGUAAAAGAUCAUAUUUAGAUUAUAUGUUAAGAGAAGACAUGGAUCCGGAGUACAAUGAAUACAAUAAUUUUAAUAAUAAUGUAAAAAGAAGUGCUGCCGUUGGAAGAUUAAAUUUUAGACCGGCAAAACGUUCCCUAGCAUUAGGUAGAUCUGGUUUCAGACCAGGAAAAAGAAGUGUUGCUUUGGGGAGACAAAAAUUUAGACCAGGAAAAAGAGACAUUGAUGAAAGUAAAUCUAAUAUUAGUUAUUAA